AUGAACACCCCUCUCCUUCUAGCGUCGCUUGCAUCUGGGAUAUUAUUAACAUGUUCCUUGCUUUACCUUUCACGUAGACGUCGACGUGUACCUCUACCACCCGGGCCCAAGGGUAUUCCGCUCUUAGGGAACCUCUGGGAUGUGCCUGUAGAGUACCCAUGGGUUACCUAUGCUCGAUGGACUGCCACCUACGGCGACGUUUUCUAUUUGGAUACUCCUGGAAAUCCAACCGUCGUAAUCAACUCUGCCCAGGCAGCAGUGGAUCUGUUCGAAAAACGCUCCGGGAAUUACUCCGAUAGGCCAGAUUUCACUAUGUUACACUUGGCGGGAUGGGGAUUCGACUUCGGUUUUAUGAGAUAUUCUGACGGGUGGAGAAUGCAUCGGCGGAUGUUUCACCAAUACUUCCAGUCUCGUGCAGUUCCUGCAUAUUAUCCUGUGCAAAUGAGAUCAUCACUGGCAUUACUACAACAGCUGCAUAAAUCUCCUGAUGCUUUUGUUCGCCAUGUUCGCCAUCAUGCCGGUUCAGUCAUCAUGAAGAUCGUCUACGGAUAUGAUGCAGAUGCAGAUGGUGAUAAAUUUGUAGAGUCAGUGGAUGAGGCGCUAGAAAGUGUUCGUAUCAUUGGCAAUGUAGGGGUCUUUCUCGUCGAUUACAUACCUUGGUUGAAAUAUCUUCCACAAUGGUUGCCUGGUACAAAUUUCAUGAGCCUUGCGAAUGCCUGGAGAAAAAAAGUCGAUGACAUGAAAGAGAGACCGUUUGAAUACACUUUGGAGUCAUUGGCUGAUGGUUCUGCAUCGCCUUCAUUCGUCUCCGAAAAUCUAGCAAAGAUGAAACAGAUCCGCAUGUCGAAAUAUGAAUCGGAAGCAUACCUUGAAGUCAUCCGGAAUACAGCUGCGGUAGCCUUUAUUGCGGGCGCUGAUACCUUGUACUUUCCACAAUACUCGCUUUUCCUUCUUUACCCAGAGAUACAAAACAAGGCCCAAGCUGAACUUGACACUGUGGUCGGUCAUACCCGGCUGCCAAAUUUUGAUGACCGUCCACAGCUGCCCUAUAUUGAUGCUAUCCUGUUGGAAGCGCUGAGAUGGAAUCCUGUUGUUCCAUUGGGUGUUUCCCAUCGUAGCGUGAAAGAUGAUAUUUACAGGGGUUAUCACAUCCCCGCGGGCGCGACUAUCAUUAGUAACACUUGGGCCAUACUGCACGACGAAAAAGACUACCCCAACCCAAUGGUCUUCGAUCCCGACCGGUUCAUGCCCGAGGAUGGGAGAGAACUCCAACCUAACCCCACAGCCGCAUUUGGUUUUGGAAGACGUAUAUGUCCCGGCCGUUAUCUCGCAUUAAACACCGCAUGGAUUGCCAUCGCGUCUAUGGCAUCAGCACUGUCCUUUUCCAAGGCUGUGGAUUCUGAAAGCCGUGUCGUUGAACCUAGCGAUACCUUUACGGACGCCCACCUGAGCUUUCCCAUGCCUUUCAAAUGUACGAUCAAGGUGCGCUCAGCUCAGGCGGAAGCGGUGAUAGAUUCGGGCGAGUUGUAAAAAAUUGGAACAACCACUAAAUUACCUUCAGCUCGAGUGUCGCACGGAGAGAUAAGGGCUCUGUUCAGAGACAGUGCCAACGUAUUCGAUGAAAAUUACUGCACGGUCUGAUACUCACAUGAAAUCAGCAGAAAAGUCCGUCCCCAUGAGGCUAGGAAAAUUAAACCACUAAUUUGGCGAACCUCCACAUAAGUAGCGUAGGCAUGAGCUGGCCGUAAACCGCAGGCAAUAGCAAGCACUGUAUAAGCCCGAAGGAAAUCCGUUCCAUCGCGUUUGGUGUCUGAGCCUGUUGAAAGCGAGCAUCAGUUAUACGAUUCCAUUAAGCUUUCUUCCAUAAGUGACGCAGCUUGUGAAUCCUACCAAAUAAAAGUAGACCCACCAGGUCUGCUGGGCGCGGCUUUGCUAUGGGGCUAUUAUCCUUUAUGGCAUUAGCCUGUAACCACUGCAUUUCCAGUCUCGUUGAGCCUGAUAGAUCGCCUCAAUCCCACAAU